AUGGACAGACCUCGUGCCGAAAUCGACGCUAAGCAGACCCUGACACGGCCCCCGGAGCUGUGCCCGGACCCCUACAAGGACGAGGUCCGCCUGGUCCUUGCCCGGCAUCAAGUCCCGUGGCUAGUCCUCUUUGUCAUGGGGAAACAGGGAUUUGUCACGGCCCAGGACUGGGCAGGCCAGAAUGGCUAUGCUGAGCACACUUGCGUCCUCACAGCGAUCCGCCUGGAGAACGCGGUCGAACAGUUCAAGCUCCUCAAGAAAAUGAAGCUUGCCGAGGUGGACAUUCACUCGGCUGAGGACUACAAAGCGAUGAUUGGCAGAGGGGUUGUGGCAGACCACCCCAAGGAUGGUGAACUGAAGUUCCAGAAGCGUCAAAGCAAGGAGGACGAGGAGUGGAUCCAUGAGGAAUCCAACCGCGACUUCUACAACUUCCUCUUCGGGGACACCAUCAUGAACCGGGUGGCCCUGAGCAUGGCCAAGGAUGAGACUCUGACCAUCUCGGCUGCCCCCAAGGAAAUCCAGAAUAACUCGCGGUUGUGGUCGAUGGAGAUCGACGAGUUCUGCCUUCGUCGCCACCACUCCUUCCAGCCCAAAGGCCCCAAGAAAGGCAAGGGCAAGGGCAAGGACAAGGACAAGGGCAAGGUCUUCCAGCAGUGGGACUACUGGAAAGGGAAAGGCAAGAGGCCUGGAAAAGGCAAGGGCGACUCGUUCAAGUACCAGGGCAAGUCGAAGAAGGAAGAUUGGCGUUGGGCCGCGCGCCCGGAGGAGGCGGCCGAGCAACCCCCUCCACCGCCGGCUACAUCCUUUCGCGCCAAGGCAUCGCACCAUGAGUGGGCGCCCAAAGGGUCGGACGGCAAGGAGUUCUGCAAGAAGUACCAUGCCUUCAACCGGGUUGUGGAGGGGCGAGGGGCCGUCUCUUUCCUCCCACCCAGUGGCGUGGUGGCAAGCUCGGGCCCUCGAUUCCCUACGGCCACCGGACGGGCGCCCGCCUCGGACAAGAGGGCUUUGGGCGAAUCUGCACAGAAUGGGGAUGACUCUUGGAGCACCAAGGCCGCGAUCACACAAGUGGCCCCGUUCCUGGGGGACUUGGUACACCGCUUUGACCAGUGUAUGCUGGGGUGCACGCAUCCGAACCACCCCGUCUGGUGGUCCAGCUCAGAUCUGGCCCGUUGGGGGUGGCAAAGCAACCUGGAAUUGGCCACGGCCCUGUUGUCUUUCUUUUCCACAUCCGGGGACACGGAUGGUUGGGACACCGUUCUCGCCCAUUCAGGGAUGGUGGUGGAAAGCCAUUCCCUGCGAGACACUCACCUCGGGGACGGUUGCCACAGGCGCGGGGCUGCCUCUGGGCAGACCAGUGGGUUGAAGGCCUCCGCCAAGAACUGGCCAAACGCCUUUCUUCCCGGCUCCAACGACCCGUUUCAGCCGAGGUGCCUCCUGGGCAGCCGUUUGCGUUGGACAUCCUUCCAGGCUUUGGUGAACUGGCGGAGGACCCGGACCGGGACUUCCUCCAUCACCUGCAUGAAGGCGUACCUCUCGGAGUUGACAGCCCAACGCUUCCGGACCCGAACAUAUGGCCAUCCAAGCAGUGCAGAGGUCUUCGAGGACACCAUCGAGAAAACUUUCAUGGAAGAGUUAACCGUUGGUUGGGUUACAUGGUUGACAUCUCAGAAGGCUCCGUGGCUCGCGGAAGAGAAGAUGACCGUCCUCCGCCCGGCCCUGUCGAGAUUGGAAUCAGGGGAACUACACACCAGGAAGGAAAUCACCUCGUUACUGGGCAAGUUGCAGUGGGUGGCUAAAGCCUACCCUCAGGUGAGCUCCCACCUCCAGCCGCUCUAUGCAUGGGAACAGAAACUGGAACGGAAGUGCAAGCCGGGAGACCUUGUACGUUUCCUGGCAACUCUGCUCAUCUCCAUCCUGGAUGCUGGUCCCUGUGUUCCUCUCCGUCUACAGCGCAACACUCCAUGCUAUGGGAGUAGUGAUGCCGGUGAGGACGAUGGCCGGGUGGCAAUUGGUGGCUGGUUCUCGCCCUCUCUGAACCCGACUAAGGCGGAGGUCCUGUGGUUCUCCAUGGACGUCCUUACUACACCAUGGGUGCAGCCCUUCCUGGCGCACACUUCUCCUAAGCGCCGGAUUGGGGCCCUUGAACUCCUGGGUACCCUCAUUCUUUUCCUUUUGGCUGCGGAGUCCUUGGGACCCAGCAUGGUUGAUGCGCACCUUCCUCUUACUACAGACAAUGAGGGUAAUGCCUUUUCUGCCAGCAAGAGAUCUUCAAAGAAGUGGCCUUGCUCGGCGCUUUUGAUGGAGCUCUCAGCACAGGAGUUCCACAAGGGUGUCUUUGCCCAGGUCACCCAUGUUAAGCGGAGCUCAAACACGUGGGCAGAUCAGCUCACACACUUUGAUUUCGAAGGUACGGUUGCCUCAGGUGCCGAUUACCUGUGCUUUGUGACUGUACGUCUCUGCGGGACCUUUUCACUCUCGGGCUCCCGGGAGGGGUGGCGUAUUUCCGACCGGUCUUCGGACCUGUCUGAGCUAUGCCUGCCCCGGGUCCCUCGGAGUUUUGAUCUGAUCUGCCACUUCUCGGACCUCGUCGGAUUCGGGGAAAAAGUGCGUGUGUACACAGAGGGGAGCUUGGCCAGAGCUCAGGCGGCUGGGGACCAGGAGCGUCUGCUCGAGGUCGCGUGCGUGCUUGCCGAACGCAUGUCGGCGGACGCACUCCGGGACUUCUUGAAAAGCCUCCAAGGCCACCGCUUCCAAGAGGAGCAGUUUCAGGCCAUGCUACAGAAAGUUCCUGCUGAUCGUGACGGCAUGUUGAACUGCAGCUCCGUGGUAAGUCACCUUCGCGAUCGAGCGAGCCAAGAGGAGGCCCAGCGGAAGGAGCGCAUCGAGGAGAUGGAGACGGCCCUGUCGUCCAUGGCUUCGCUGCAGGCGCAGCAGGAGGCGCAGCUCGCCAAAGCGAAGCAGCUCUUCCGGACCCUGCUCCAGGACGAGAAGGCAGAAGUGACUGAGAAACCCAUCGCGGAGACGAGCGUGCCGCCUACUACGACCACCACCUCCAUCACCACCACGAGGGGGCGGCCUCCGGCCAUCUCCUUGCGAGAAGCUGCCUAUGAAGGCGACGUGGCGGCCCUCACGCAGCACCUCCAGGCUGGGUCCGAUUUGAAUGCGGCGGACUCUGACGGAUGGACCGCAGCGCACGUGGCCGCGUAUCACGGCCGCGUCGAGGUGCUGAAGUUCCUCCACCAGGCAGGCGCCAACCUGAACGUGAUGACCAACUAUGGUGCCACGCCGGCCUUUAUGGCAGCCAAUGAGUGGAAAGCAGAAGCGCUGGAGGCACUCGCCAAGGCGGGGGCCGACCUGCAGAAGGCGAACCGAGAUGGACGGACCCCGACGCACGCUGCCGCUUGGAACGGCCGCGUGGACGCCCUGCGGGUCCUCAUCCAGGCCGGUGUCGACCUCAACGUCCAAGACAAUCACGGAAACACGCCGGCCGACGAUGCUGCCAAGCAGGACCAUCCAGAGGCACUGAAGCUUCUCCUCGAGGCCGGGGGCAAACGCAACAAAGCCUGA